AUGGCCGACGACAGCCCGGACAACAGGGACGCAAUCUGCGCGGUGAUGGCCCAGGAGGGCUACCAGGCCGGCCGCGAUGACUUUUUGAGCUACAGGGAUGGCGGCAGCGGCCUGCGCUACGUGCUGCGCGCCCGGGACGACCGUACCGGGGAGGUGGUGGCAGUGAAGGGGUUUGAGCGCGGUCCGGGCAUCAGCCAGAAGCACCUGACCCGCGAGGUGCUGUACCACCGAGGGCUGGUGCACAAGCACGUGGUGUCCUUCAAGCGCGUCUUCCUGACCCCGACCUACCUAUGUAUCGUGAUGAUGUACGCGCCGCACGGCACCGUGCAGCAGUGGCUGCAGCAGUGCGGGUGCUUCCCGGAGGCCGUGGGGCGGGCCCUGUUCCAGCAGCUGGCCUGCGCGGUGGGCUUCUGCCACGACAAGGGGAUCUUUAACCGCGACAUCAAGCUGGAGAACCUGCUCAUGACGGUGGAGAGCACCCCCGUGGGCCAGCACUUUAAAGUCCAGCUCUGCGAUUUCGGGUUCAGCAAGGGCCGGCACGAUUCCACCCCCAAGACGCUGGCGGGCACCUGGGGCUACAUCGCGCCCGAGGUGGUCAAGAGCUACUAUGAGCGCCGCCGCUACGACGGGCGCGCCGCGGACAUCUGGUCCCUGGGCAUCUGCCUGUACCGCCUGCUCUACGGCAACCUCCCCAUGGUGGCCACGCCGGACCGGCCCAGGCAGCGCAACUGGUGGGUGGGCGCGGAGGUGCGCCGCCUCACCCAGCUGCACGUCGAGAUCCCGGAGGUGCAGGAGCUGGGCGUGGAGGACGGGCUGCAGAAAAUCAACCGGAUCUCCGACCAGUGCAGGCGCCUGCUGUCCCGGCUGCUCUGCGCCGACCCCGCCCAGCGCAUCACGGUGCAGGAGCUCCACGCCGAUCCCUGGUUUCUGACCGACUACCCCGCGGAUUUGGUAGGGUACAAUGAGCGGCUCGUGCAGGAGUACGCCAGGGACAUCCGGUCCCAGGUGGACGAGAUGCUGCAGAGCGAGGAGGAGCUGAGGGAGUUGGUGGCGAUGAGCGUGAAGGCGCCCGGUGUGGAAUGGGUGGGAUCGCCGGCGGUCACGGCCAGCAGCGCAUCGGGCUUCACGACGGUGGGGAUGGUGACGGAGUCGACGAUGGGGCAGAGCCCCAUGCACGAGGGGGCAUGA